AUGACAAAUACCACGAAGCUGUUGUUGCAAUCGAAACAACACUGCAGAUAUUCCCACUUCGUUUUAAUCCUAGAUUUCCAUCCAUCAGUUGCCGAUAUGGGCGAACAAAAAUAUUUUUUUUGCUGUGUUUUGGCCUUUCUGUAUGGUGUUUCUUUUUCGUUAAAAAUCCAAAAAUAUUUGAUUUACGUGAUUGUUAUUCUAUUGAUUUUCAUUCGGCCGAAAAAUGCGAGACAACAGAGAUACGUUGGCUUAUCCGGGUGCGAUAUCAUUUCUCCUUUGGAAUAUGAAUGUUGCGCUGGUGUUAAUUUGGCAAAUGUUCCACAAAGCGACUACUGUUUGCACAUCACGGCAGUACCAAAUGAACUUACUUUGAAUUUGGAUUUAAAGGUGAAUGGAAACUCAUUUUAUAAUGGAAAAAUAGAUCCCAGUAUAGCACCAAUAUGCCCACCACCAUCACCAUUGUGUUUAGCUAUCAACCAUGUCAAUAUAGCGUCCAGAGAAAUAUGCACGAAACUGACCAUUGGCCCACUAACACUGGUCAAAUUUCCAUGCGCUGGUAUAACGGACGGUCAAAUUGUUGUAACCUCAAAUAAUUACGUUAGAAAAUAA